GGCAGGCUGCGGUCGUAAAGAAAUUGUGCCGUUCGCAGCCAUGGCCGCCGUAGAGUUGGCCGCGGUCGGCGUAAAUACUUUUUACAAAGCAGCCACUUUGGAAGGGCUGAGCUACUUUGUCUUUGUCGCAUACUCUUAUGUUUUAGGUACUCUUGUUCUGCUUCCUCUUCCCUUCAUAUUUCCAAGGAGGGAACUUCGUUCUUUUGAGCUGUCUUUUUUCUUAAAAAUUGUCCUUUUGGGACUAAUUGGGUUUACAUGCAGCAUAUGUGGAUGUAAAGGCAUAGAAUACAGUUCUCCAACUCUUGCCUCAGCUGUCAGUAACAUGAUACCGGCUUUUACUUUCAUAUUGGCUAUCAUUUUCAGGAUGGAGAAUCUGGAUCUUAGAAGUUCAGUGACUCGUAUCAAAAUCAUAGGCACCAUAUUUUCAUUAUCUGGCGCAAUGGUAGCAGUUAUCUACAAGGGCCCUAAAAUUUUCUCCUCUUCAUCUUCAUUUCCUCCUCAAUCAUUUUCCCUGGGCCUUCAAUAUUCUUCGGAAACAUCAAAAAGGAAUUGGGUCCUAGGAGGCCUUUUACUAGCUUCCCAAUGCCUUCUCUCCUCAAUCUGGUACAUUCUUCAGACCCAGGUGAUGAAAAUAUACCCAGAUGCAAAAAUUGUGGUACCUCUGUACUUUCUGUGCAAGACAACUAUUGCAGUACCAACAUGCCUUAUAGCAGAACCAAAAUUGAGCGCUUGGACACUGAGGCCUCAGAUAUCAUUGAUCACUGUCGUAUUAUCAGGAUUUUUUGGUUCAUCUUUCAGCACAUUACUCCACACGUGGGGGCUUCACUUGAAGGGACCUCUCUAUAUCUCUAUCUUCAAGCCAUUUUCUGUUGCCAUUGCUGCGUUUGUUGGUGUCAUAUUCCUUGGUGAUGAUCUCUUCCUUGGAAGUGUCGUCGGAGCAAUUAUACUACUACUUGGGUUUUAUGCUGUGAUAUGGGGAAAAGCACAAGAAGAAGAUGUCAAGGAUUGUGCCUCUUCAAUAUCUCAUGGGAAGAUCCCUUUGUUGCAGAGUCAUAGAGUUGAAGAUAUGGAGAAUAAAUAGCACACUAAAUGAAUGAAUUAUGUAAUUAUUGUGUAUUUAUCUCUCUAAACACGGUCAAUGCAGACGAUCUUUCAAUAUUCGUUUGGUGAAACAGGAAAAUAAUGAAAAAAAAGGAGAUGAAGAUGAAAUGAUUUUUUUUUUUUUUUUUUUUUG